AAAUCAUUAAGAUCAUGCGCAUUUGACGUUAGGUGUCACAUUUAUAAAUAUAUACAUCGGUGAGUUUAACGCAAUAAAAUUAACUUGUGACAAUAGAAAACCCGAGACUUUUAACAAGUAAUAAUAAGUUUACGUGAUAUGCCCGUUAAGAAGGCAAAGGAAGAUCUGAACAAAGAAAUUAUCAGCAUGGCUGACGUAAAUAAAGAGGCGAAGUCAUUUAUAGAAAAGAUCUUGGGUGAUGUCAGUAAAACUUCCGCAUCAAAGCAAAUCGUCUUGGGAGCUUCCACCGGCUGGGUUACUGGUUUUCUGGCAAUGCGAGUAGGCAAAACUGCAGCUUUAGCUUUGGGAGGAGGCAUUAUAUUGUUGCAAGUCGCUAACGAAAAGGGCUACAUUAACAUAAACUGGGACAAAGUCAACAGGAAUCUGGAUAAAGUAGCCGACAAGGUAGAACAACAAGUGACAGGACAAGGGCCGUCAUGGGUUGACAAGGCGGAGCGUUUUGUAGAUAGGAAACUAGACCAAGCUGAAGAUAAAUUAAAGAAAGGCAAAGGAAAGGCCAAAAACUGGUACAAUAGUCUUCUGGGCGAACAGUCCUGCUGUAAAGUUACUGAAAUUCACAUUUUCUUAGUCUCAUUUGUGGCUGGCGUUGCCAUUGGCAUUGGGACUUCGUAAAUAUUUAAUAGCAGACUUUUUCAGUUAACAAAAAAAUUUAGUCAUAUUAGGAAGUCUGAAAAUCUAAACUAAGUAUUGUUUUUAAUCUCAUUGAGCGUAUGAAAUAUCGUUUUAUUCGUCAGUAUUUAUAUGUAUUUGCACAACUUGUGUAUUGUAUGUAUUAAAUUAUACUAAUUAUAUAAA